CAGUAAGAAGAGGAGAGGAGACGGUGGCUGCUUCACCAUGGAUGGACUGAAGGACAUUUUGCGAAGGACAGAUGCUGAGUGGCCCUGCUUCUGUGAGAUGCUGAAGAGCAGGCAGACUCUUGGAGACAUGAACUGGUUCCUUCCAUCAUGAACAACUUGUUGAAUCCAGAUGCCAUCUUCUCAAACAAUGAGAUGAGCCUGUCGGACAUUGAGAUAUAUGGUUUUGAUUAUGAUUACACCCUAGUGUUCUACUCUAAGCAUCUCCACACCCUCAUCUUCAAUGCUGCUCGGGACCUUCUCAUCAACGAACAUAGGUAUCCUGUGGAGAUCAGGAAGUAUGAGUAUGACCCAAACUUCGCCAUCCGUGGACUCCAUUAUGAUGUCCAGCGGGCAGUGUUGAUGAAGAUCGAUGCUUUUCAUUACAUCCAGAUGGGAACUGUCUACAGAGGCCUCAGUGUUGUCCCUGAUGAAGAAGUCAUCGACAUGUAUGAGGGAUCCCACGUGCCCUUGGAGCAGAUGAGUGACUUUUAUGGAAAGAGUUCUCACGGGAACACCAUGAAGCAGUUCAUGGACAUCUUCUCACUGCCUGAGAUGACCCUGCUGUCCUGUGUGAAUGAGCACUUCCUGAAGAACAACAUCGACUAUGAACCCGUGCACUUGUACAAAGAUGUCAAGGACUCCAUAAGGGAUGUCCACAUCAAAGGAAUAAUGUACCGAGCAAUUGAAGCCGACAUUGAGAAGUACAUCUGUUAUGCUGAGCAGACCCGGGCGGUGCUGGCUAAGCUGGCUGCCCAUGGCAAGAAGAUGUUCCUCAUCACCAACAGCCCCAGCAGCUUUGUAGACAAAGGCAUGCGGUAUAUCGUGGGGAAGGACUGGCGGGACCUGUUUGAUGUGGUCAUAGUUCAGGCCGAGAAACCGAACUUCUUCAAUGAUAAGCGGAGACCUUUCCGGAAGGUGAAUGAGAAAGGUGUCUUGCUCUGGGAUAAAAUCCACAAGCUCCAGAAAGGGCAGAUCUACAAGCAGGGCAAUUUGUAUGAAUUUUUGAAGCUCACUGGAUGGAGAGGAUCCAAAGUGCUGUAUUUUGGUGACCACAUAUACAGUGAUCUGGCGGAUCUGACACUGAAGCAUGGCUGGCGCACUGGAGCGAUCAUCCCUGAGCUACGGUCGGAGCUCAGAAUUAUGAACACGGAACAGUACAUUCAGACCAUGACCUGGCUUCAAACCUUGACCGGGCUUUUGGAGCAGAUGCAGGUCCACAGAGAUGCUGAGUCACAGCUGGUUUUGCAGGAGUGGAAAAAGGAGAGGAAGGAGAUGAGAGAAAUGACCAAAAGUUUCUUCAACGCCCAGUUCGGGAGCUUGUUCCGUACAGACCAGAACCCAACCUACUUCCUGAGGCGCCUGUCCAGGUUUGCCGACAUCUACAUGGCGUCCCUGAGCUGUCUCCUGAACUACGAUGUUCACCACACCUUCUACCCCAGGAGGACUCCCCUGCAGCAUGAGCUCCCUGCAUGGUCGGACAGCCCCUCUGCCUUCAAAGCCCCACUGCUGCAGGAGGCUCAGGCCAAGUAAUCCUGUGUCUGCCUGAGGAAAAAGCCAGAAGCAGCCAUGGUCUCACAAAGGGUCCAGUGGGCCUGACAGCUGCUUUCCCAAAGAGUCAGAUAACACCUUUGUAUUUUUUCUACCUUACCACGAAUACUGUCCUGUUCAGGCAGAGACAGGAGCUGACUGCCUGGGUUCUGCCCUCCUCCACACAGUGAUGCGGCCUUGUUUACUAUGGAACCAACAUCAGGCCUUCUGAGACUAGUGAGGCCUCUUGAUGCUGUCUGUUCAGCAGGUCAAGAGAUGACACAUCUUGAUUCUGUGAGACAUUUUUUGGUUGUUUACAAGCGGAGCACUGGGGACUGUAAGGGCAUGGUGACACCUGCAGCCGGUUAGUUCCCAGUCUGCUGGUGUGAGGUUUUUGCAGACUUUUACACACAUUGCUCCAAGAGACCAGAGCUCCCAGAAUGACUUUGUUGAGGAAGAACAAGAAGCGUUUGUCCUCAGUGUGAACUUGCUUUGCCUGCCCCGGGCUGGUGAAGGGGUGAUGGGCGGGUUCCCUCCUCCUCCUUCCUUUCCCCACUGGGAGUGGGUGAGGAGUUGGCAGCUCUAGUUAAAAUUGCCUUUCAGCUGGGGGGGUGGUUGGGCAUUGUAGAGUCAAGAAGCAAAGCUGUGGGGCUCAGUCUGCAGUCAGCGCAAGUCUGUACUUGGGACACAACAGCUCACUGGUGAAAUUUCACAUUUCAGGCUGAGAGCCAAGCUCACAAGAGGGGCAUCUCUUCCUCCCUCCCUCUGGGGGAGGAAUCCUUUAUUAUGUCUGCUUUGCAGUGUCAUUGAACAUAUUCAAUGCCCCAAGGGCCAUGGGAGUGGCUGCUGUUAGGGGACACAGUCCUGUGUAACGUGUUUUCGUUGCAGAUGCCCAUAAGUGCUUGUGACUAGAUCAGCCUUGUCUCAUGUCACCUGGCUCAUUUUAAACUUCUGCGCUAAUGUGGCGCUGCUGCUGCCGCCAUAGCUGCUCUUCUUUCCCUGCCUCCCCCUCUCCCCUCCACCCCCCCUCUCCAGUUAGGGUCUUGCUGUGGAGCCCAGGCUGGCCUUGGACUCAAUCCUCCUGCCUUAGUCUCCUGAGUGCUGAAUUACAGGCAUGCAUCUGUGGUAUGGCAUAUACUUGUGGUGAGUGCUUGCAAUCUGGCAUCUUUACUACAAUAAGUAGAUCGUAACUAGCUGUUGUAGACUGCUCACUGGCCUUUUGUAGGCUGCCUGUCAAAACACAGAAGUUAAACGAGCCAUCAAGCAUUCACUGUGUUGCCAUGGGGAUCUUUGAUGUUUGUACUGAACAUCAUCCCAAAGGUGACCAUUCAGACCCCCUUCUCCUGUGUUGUAUUCUAAGCACUGGGGUUCAGCGGUCUGCUCUUUUUUAGGGCAGGAUGGGCAUUUUCCUGUUUUCUUGUUCCCCAGUGUUAGCCACUAAGGGUUUUGGCAGCUGGAAUCUAAUGCCGGCAGGUGAUGUUCAACGCUGCUCAGGUCUCGAAACGAUGCUGCUACUCAGGAUGUUCCUAACUUGUGCUGUGUAGGAGCAGAAUGAAGAAGUUCAAAAAGAAUUUUUGGUCUAAUCAGAUAUUCUUCAGCCGUGUAGACUAGAUGCCGCUUACAGGUGGGUUUGUUUACUCAAGAAUGAAGUAGAACUGCUCUCUUGAAUGCUUACAGUAGGUGACCAAAGCCUUGGGGGAGGAAAACAUCUUCUGGGUAUGAGCAAUGAAUUUUACAGUCUAUUCCUGUGUAGAAGAGUCACAGUCUUGAGGACACGAAGUGUCACAGUAUUGGGAUCAGCUGUACCAUGGCCCAGUAAAGUGCAGUGGCAGACCAGUGCUCUGGUAGUGUGGUCUGUGUAGCAUCCUUGUAGGAAGAACAGGGGAGUUUCCACUGUGGUGUUGUCCUUGUCUGGUGCAGUCAGGACAAGUUUUAACUUGUCAUAGGGACUCUUGGCUGGUGUCUUGUUCUUUUGUGUGCACACUGAUGACAGAAUAUAGGGAGGUAGAUUUUUUCCCACCUUAAAAAAAAUCAAAUUAUAAAGCAAAUAAUCUUUGUUGUUUUCAAGACAGGGUUUCUCUGUGUAGUCCUGCCUGUCCUGGAACUCACUCUGUAGUCCAGACUGACCUUGAACUCAGAGAUCCACCUGCCUCUGCCUCCCCAGUGCUAGGAUGAAAGGAGUGUACCACCCCACCAUCAAUAAAAUUAUUUUUACUAUCUUUAAAAUUAUAGUUGCUUUUUGACAUUACUUACACUGAUUUUCUAAGAAUCAUGUGGACAAAAAUUCAGUCUAAGGGCAGUCCAGGCCAGCAAGGUUUGUGGUGUCAUCGGGCCACCCAAGCAAUUUGUACUGCUGGGUUUUCCCAGAGUUGCCUUUUCAGGAGAGCGCUGGCUUUAAAAUACUUUAGGUGUUGGGCAUUCGAAGCUCUUGCUGUCCUCCUAGACUAGCAUACCCUCUUCCCUCCUUCCUUCCCCCUGUCUUCCUUCUCCUCUCCCUCCUCACUGUCUCUUUUCUCCUCCGCUCCAUCCUCUCCUUUCCUCCUUUGGCCUCUGCCCUCUACCCAUGCCUGUCUCUGGCCCCUCAUCUCCUUUGCUUUCACCAUUAAUACACCUGCUUCUGAUUUGGUUAGAUCUCAGACUAAAUUACUAGUUGCUUUGAAUGCAUCAGCCCUCUUAUUUAUUGCAAAGGAGAAGUGAAAAGCAGUUACCUAAUUUAGCUUUGGGUGAACAGAACGGUUUUCCCCUCCUCCCUCUUUCCCUCCCCUCCCCUCCCCUCAGCAAGUGCUAAACACUGAAAUUCCACUUUGUCAAAACACUCAUUUGCUGUCAAAAACCUACUUGCGGCGGGGGGGGGGGGUGUUCCCCCCACCAGUCAAUAUAUUGCCAUGGCUGGGUUGGAAGUCACUUUGUAGAACAGGUUGGCCUAGAACUUACAGAUAUCUGGUUGCCUCUGCCCCCUGCAGAGUGUUGGGAUAAACGGCAUGUACCACCAUGCCUGGCAUGGUGUCCUUUUAUUUGGUAUGUUUUUUUUCCCUUUCUCCUUUGUUUCCUUCUGUUAUUUAUUUAUGUAUGUUUUCGGCCUUAAUGUUUGGGAGCUAGGUUAAGUUCAGCUAACCUUUCGGGCCACUGAUAGGUAGAGGAAUGAAGCCCUUCUAAUAAGGGAACCAUUUUGAUUUUGCAGGCCACUGGCACUGCUGCUCCUGUGGGGAUGGGCACACAGUUCCAUUGGGAUUUGAUUCACCAGCACAGGCUCUUGCCUAUGGCCUGCUGUCUCCUGCUUUGAUGGCAGGGUUCUUUCCUGAGAACACAUGGGAGAGCAGCCGAGCAGCCUGGGUACAACUAGUGCAAGGUCUGGGCAGCGUGCUCUGUCCCCUUAGGAGCCAGUCUGCCACAUGGUUCUCCAUAUAGCCUGUGGUAAAGACUGUCUGUGUUUGCAGUACCUGCCAAGAUUGCUUCCCCGUGUGGCUUUGAGCUGCCUGUUGUUGCCCUUGUUAAUACUGGGCUGGGCUCAGGACUGAUGGCUAAUUCAUCCCAUCUGCUGGGCGUGCAGCUGGCUGAUGUGUUGCUCUUGGAGAAUUUCCUUGAUGCACAGGCCUCCUUGCUCUAGAUCACACGCCUUUCUUGGGGAUGAAUGAUCCAUGACUGUUCCAUGUGAAGGUACUCUGGCCUCUCCAACACUAGUAUGAGACAGCUCCAGAGCUCCCUCUGGGGCCACCCAGGCCUCCUUGUCCUUGCCUUGCAUUCCCAAAUCCACCCUACCAACUGGUCAGCCCCUUCCCUUGCCAGAUGCCUCUCCUGGCAAUACUCCAUGUGAGAGUUUCCUGCAUGAAGCACUUGUUUCUAGUCUCCUCCUUCAGCACUGCUCCUGUGUUUUCUGUUAGUACAAGAGUGAGCUCCAAUGUAGUACCUGUGUCGUGGAAUGAUAGAUUGUGCCCGUGUGGUACCAGGCACAAUAAAUGCAAAGUAGGUUUAUUAUUUAUUUGGAAUGUGAAUUUGCUAUUUAUUCUAAAUGUUGAUUAUAUAUGUUGUGAUAAUAACUUAACAGCCAAAUAAAGCUUGAAUUGGAUCUCCUG